GCGGCCCCCUCACUCCUACGUGGCCCUGAAUUCCCGUUUUCCAAAACGGGGUCCUGGGUGCGUACUCCGGGUUCGGACGGAAGUCGGGCACCUGCAAAGCGGACAUGUACCGGUCCAGUGUUCGGUCCAGCGGGCCUCAGGCCGGACAAGGGUUGUUGUCGCACGGUGACCGUUGGGCCCUGGACCGUGGCACCGUCUGGGGUGGGGAGGGCCUCGUAAAUAUGGGUUUUGAAAUUUUCCCGCGUUCCAACGGCCCUGCGAUUUCGAAUUUCGGUCGCCCGCCUCCGUAUCGCCACAACAAGCACGUAGGCCGGCUGCAUGCAGAAGCCGCUGUCCUUCGUCCGGUGUUGGCAUGCAGAGUGCAUGGAAUGGCAGUCUCUGUGGCCAUGUACGGAUCGUUCGCGAAAGCUGCACGCACGUCCUGGGGGGGUCGGCUGCUUCGUCUUCCGAAUCCAACGACCGCUCUCCAUCAAGCGAAGCGUUGUGUCGGAAACGCGGCAUGGCAGACACGUUCACGCGUGCCUCAGCCGCAGAGUGUUUUCAGCCGGAGCGCGGCCAGACUAUGCGAGAAGGUGCUGCCUUUCAUCCCGUCAUCACUGGUGGGCCGGCCUAAGGAAAUCGUCGGCGACGUUGUGCACGCGGGGUCCGGGCGUUGGGACGAAGGAUUCGUUUCGGCAGUUCCGAGCGGGCGGGGAGGUCACGGGUGCCAGAUACUCACCAGUUCCUCCAUCGUUGUUGUCGGCUACAGUUGCGAGUUUGGCACGGGGGGUUGGGCAGUCGACAGGAAUGCAUCCGCCAAUGGCCGGGGAGGCGGCGUUUUAAGAUCAGCGCAACGACUGCCGAGGCUAUGGAAUGGCCGGUCAGUUCGAACUCCCGUGUUUCGACGACGGAGGAAGGCCACCGUCGAAUGCAGCUCCAUACAUGCCUCCGGACACGCCUCCCUUGAACGGCUUCCGACCGCCCGCGGAGGGGUACCCAUUCCCGGCAAUGUCCGAGCAUCCGGUGACCAUGUUUUGCGAUGCCCGGAUAACGAACCCGUAAGCACUCUGCAGUGUGGCCAGGGCACACAACACCCCAUUGACGCAGAGCCUCCUGCAACCUCCACUCCUUCAAGUACCGGUGCUCGGCCGAUCGGGCGAAAGCCACGUCAAGGCCGGCAACCUGCACCUCGGUCCCCGGCCGGCGAUGGUGAUACCGAGGACAACGGUGAAGGAGGGAAGCAAAAGAAAAAGCCGUGGUCUUUGGAGGAGCGGCUGGCACUGGCAAAAUACAUGCGAGAGGAUGACGCAAUGAUGGCGGUCGUCCAACCGAGACAAAAACACCAGCGGCGAUCGGUGAGGAAUGAUUGGGUGGCGAGGCGAAUCAAGGAGGAUGGGUAUCACCGAUCGGCAGAGGACGAGCGGAAGAAAUGGGCUGACCUGCAAAACAAGUACAGGGAGAUCCACGACAAGUGCGGGGGGUCUGGGAAGCCGUCAUUCUAGGACAUGCCGGCCGAGGACAAGAAGAGGGAGGGCUUGACAUUCCUUGUGGGACGAGAUGGCGUGGGUGCAGGGGAAGAGGUCAACCAUGUGCGACAACACGAUGGAGUCCUCCCCGUUGCCUGGUGCACAUAGUGGGGGUUCGGAUAACGGAACCUCCCCGAGCACCCCACAGGAAGAUUUUGAAAGCAGCAGGAAGUCCCGCCGGACUGAGAGAGGGAAAGCCUCGGCGGAGGAAGGGUGCAACUCUUCGAGAUCCAGUUCACGGUUUUCCAUGGAGGAGUCGACACGCACUCUAUGCGCAGAUCUCGGGGAUGCGGCGGGGACUCUUGCUCGGGCGAAUGCGGAAGGUGCACAACAAACGGCCACUCAAAUC